UUUCCAGGAAGAGCAGACAUGGCUGAAUUCCUGGAUGACCCGGACACACGACUCUGCGACAACUGCAAAAGAGAGAUUCCUGUGUUUAAUUUUACUAUCCACGAGAUCCACUGUCAGAGGAACAUCGGCGUGUGUCCCGUCUGCAAGGAGCCAUGUCCCAAAUCGGAGAUGGAGGCGCACAUGGCCGCAGACCACUGUCAGGUCACCUGCAAGUGCAAUAAGAAGCUGGAGAAGAGGCAGCUGAAGAAGCAUGAGGAGGCCGAGUGUCCACUGCGGCUGGCCCGGUGCCAGCACUGCGAGCUGGAGCUGGCCGUGGUCAGGCUGCAGGAGCACGAGGAGUACUGCGGCGCCCGCACCGAGCUCUGUGGCACCUGUGGGCGCAACGUCCUGGUCAAGGACCUCAAGGCCCACCCCGCGGUCUGCAGCCAGGCCGUGGAGGCCAAGCGGGCCGAGGAGCCCCCGUCUCCCGACACCUACGACGCGCCCUGGGGCCAGGACGGAAUCUGGAUCGCGUCCCAGCUCCUCAGACAGAUCGAGGCCCUGGACCCCCCCACCCGGCUCCCACGACGGCCCCUGAGGGACUUCGAGUCGAACCUUUUCCACGGCGGGACCCCUGAGCGAAGGGACAUGGGGUCCCAGUUUCCGGGGCACAGCAGCAGCCGACUGGAAGAACAAGAAAGGCAGGAAAGAAAUGGGAGCAGACAGCCCCCUGGAGUGGGCGGCGAAGACAGCGCAAACCUGGACUACAUGUUGGCUCUUAGCCUGCAGAAUGAAGGCCAGCUGCCCAGUGUGGCCGAGCAGGGCUUCUGGAAGGCCAUGUGCGAGGUGGGCCAGUCCCGGGCCAGCCCCAGUGUCCCGAUCAGCGAUACAGGUGCGGACGGUGAGACCAUGCUGCCCUGCGAGUUCUGUGAGGAGCUGUACCCGGAGGAGUUGCUCAUCGACCAUCAGACAAGCUGUAACCCUUCAUGUUCCUUACCCCCGCUCAAUGUGGGCAGCCCUUCCCCUCGAGGGGUAGAGGACCCUGAUGUCAUCUUCCAGAAGCUUCUGCAGGAGGCCGCAAGUAACCAGCUGGACUCUCUGAUGGGGUUGAAAAGUUCAGCCCCGGCAGAGGACAGCGUCAUCAUCCCGUGUGAAUUCUGUGGGGUCCAGCUGGAGGAGGAGGUGCUGUUCCAUCACCAGGACCAGUGUGACCAAAGGCCAGUCACAGCAAACUACCACGUGAUGGAGGGGAUUCCCAGACAGGAUUCCCGACCUCCAGCCACCUCGCCGGAGCUGCCCAAGAGACGCAUCCGACACCAAGGUGACCUGUCCUUCGGCUACCUGGAGAACACGAAGCAGGCGAAAGGGCCCGCCUACCCUCUGGCCCCCGGCAGCCCCCUGAGCAGUGUGGCGCCCCCCUGCAGCCAGCUGUCGGCCGCCGCACCGAGCAGCCGAUCUGCCUGCCAGCUCAGCCCGCCCCGGGUGCUGAAGCUCAGCAACCUGGACAGCCAGGACCCCCGGGGGCGCAGCAGGAGCAGCCUCGGCGGGGCCCCGGCCCCCGGGCACAACCCGGCCGCUCGGACCCUCUACCCUGAAAACCUGGCGCCCUCCUUCCCCCGUGGGCCGGCGGGGAGAUUCGGAGCAAGUGGCAGGAGUGCCCGGGUCGCCGCCGCCCCUGCCAGCUACCGCAGGGCUGCCAAGGCCAAACCCCCGAAGCAGCCGGGAGCCGGGGGUACCGAUGAAGAGGAGUGACGGCGCCGCCCUCAGGACGCUUUUCUAGGUUACGGCCACGUUGUGUCUUUCGCGAUUGUGCUGUGGGAGUUUGGGGUGCGAGGGAGGGUUAGCAGGGAGGCCACUGGGGAAGGUGGCGGC